AUACAAAGCUGAAAAUUUUCGUUUCGCUGGCGUCUUGGGAUCAAUCGAUAAAGAAUUAUUAUUUAAGAGUAAAUCUAUUCUAAAAUAAAAUUGGUCAAAAAUUAUUUAAAUAUAAUUAUUAUUGUGACUUAUUUCACGUACUUGGGUUAUUAUACUUUAUUCAAAGUGGUACUUUCCAAUUUCCAUAUUUUUUACAUUUUCUUGAGACCGUCAAGCGUAAAAAGGAAUUGACAAGUGAGUAACAAUUUCUGUUAUUUUGUGACUAAAAAAUGAAUAUCACGGCGGGUGAACCAGUGCCGCCUGGUUUCGAAGAUGAAGUCAAUCGUGAGCCAGAAAUUCAAAAGGCCAUUAAUCAGUAUAAGGGCAAUGCUCUUGUCGGACUUGAGUAUGCACUUGAGCUACACGAGGAUGACCGUCGUGAGCCGGGCUACUUUUGUGUUCUUUGUGACAAGCGUGGUGAUCCUCGUACUAUUAUGCAGCAUUGGACAUCUUACAACCACCGAUUGAAGUACCUAGAGAAACAUUUUCCAACGGCGGUGCGCGAAUUCAAUCCGGUUAAGUACAAGCCGAAUUCGCAUCAGAUUCUUUUAAGCGUCGUACAAAAAUUGACAAAAGCAAUUGAAGAUCAUCAUGGACGUUUGAAGUUGGCUGUAGCUAAUAGCGAUGACUUCCGCCGUAUGAAAGCAAAAUUCGUUGGAGAAAUUAAUAAUAAAUUUCAUUUCGAUGAACGUAAUGGGCCAAACUUCCUGGAGACGAUUGACCGUUCUCUCUGGGAGCCAAAUCCAAUAAAAAAUAUGGACCAGACAUUGCAGAUAACUAUAAAAGCACCGACGCGUAUAAUAAGUGAAGAGACCGCAUCAAAAUCAUCUAAUCGCGAUGACUUGGAUGAAAUUUCUAGCGACUCAGACAACCCGUCAAGUGCAAAGAAGUCAAAGAAAAGGGAGCAAUCUCCCGCUUACCGAGUGCUACCAAGAGUUCGACGUUCUCCACCCUUCGAAGAGGAACGAAGUGAAGAAAGAAAGAAUGCUGAAAAGAAGCUACCAACGCCAAGGGAACUAUCGUUACAAGCUUCACAUAUUGCACAGGAAAAAUACAAAUGGGAGAAAUAUAGGUGCAUGCUUGAAAUACAACUUAAGCAAAUGGAAAAAAUUCAACAAGACUACGAUAAGAACCCCGAAAAACACCCCUUGUAUCCCGACGAGUGGAAGAAAUUCUGGAAUCGACGUUAUAAGGAAUUGCAAGUUGAAAAGAAGACUGAUCCCAAUAAAUACGAUUACAAGCCAGAGUGGAUUGCAUUUUGGACUAAACGUAUGAAAGAUUUGUUUAAUACAGAGAUAGAAAAGAAGAAAAAAGAAAUUAAGGUUAAACUUGGUUUGCCUGAAGAUGCCGAGGAGAAGGUGGAUCAACUAAAGGAAAAGUAUAAAGUGCAAAUUGGACGUAAUGCGGGCGCCAUUACAUCUGGUGGUCAUGUAUUGGGACCAAAAGUUUUGGAACGGAAUAUGGAUACGGCAUCCAAGCGGUCCAAAAAUGCUGGUGACGUUAUAAACAUCAGUGAUGACGAAUCUCCGGUACGGCGUCGAGGUCGUCGUACUCGUACGCGUUCUCGCUCACGUUCUCACUCACAUUCGCGUUCCCGUUCGCGUCGUUCACGUUCGAAAUCACGCGGUCGUGAUUGUAAUCGAUCUCGAGACCGUUCCACUUCAUUGUCAAAAAGUCCUCUAUCUGAUGAUUAUAACCCUUAUCCCGUGCAGACGCAUUCACAUCGUCAUCGUCAUCAUGUCCGCAGUUACGUGCCGCCUGCAGAAAGUGAUUAUUUUAGCUCAGCGUAUCCACCACGCGGUCGAUUUGCCGCCCCUCCAUCGUCGUCCCAUUAUAGUGCAACUCCACAUUAUCGCGUACUUGAACCUCACCAAUAUCCAAAAUACGAACGCUCGCCAUCGCCAUCAAAAUCUGCAACAGCAAAAGAAGAACAGGAACCGGAAGAUGACGGACCGCUGACCGUAGUGUCUGUACUACGUUUGCUUACAGCACUUGAGGAACACUUAGGUAGCCUUGGCCCUAAAGUAGUUGAUUUACUUGGCAAAGCUUUAGCAUUGGAGAAGGUAAAGGCCAACUCGGCAGAUGAUUUGUUGUUCAACGAUGACCACGUGGUUUUCUUUGAGACCAUAAAAGAGAAAUUGAAAGGUAUUUUAAUUGCUGACGUUCUCGAUGAUCAUCAAAAAGUUCGCGCCGUUAAAAAAGCUAUUAAAAAUAUUGCCGCUGUUAUUCAUCAAGUUACGACAAAAGGUAACUCAACAAAUAAGAUAAGCAAUGAUUCCGCAAAUAAUAACGAUAGCGGCGAAGUUGCAAAGAAAGCAAAGAAACCCGAGAAAUUGAGUGUUAAAGAUUUACCCUUCGACCGUCAAGUUGUAUCCACAAAAUUAGCUGCCGCAUUGGUAUUUCAAGGACGUGAAGACGUAUCUACCGAAGAUAUGGAUAAGUUGAUUUUCUUGUUUGUUUUAUUGGUAAAGAUAUCUAAAGAAAAAAGAGAUUUGGAUGGCACAGCUAUACAACUUGGAAAUGUGUUGUCUCAGCUGGGUAUAUAUGUGCCAAGUUUAACCACCUCGUCUGCAUUAGCUGCUUUACCAGCUCUUGUAGGAGAGUUGAUGGAAAGCGAAGCUAACGGUGCAUCUACCCGUUUGCAGCACAUUGAUGAUGACGCUUCGAAUGAGACACCCGAUAAGGAUACCAAGAAUGACACUAGCGGUAAUAUGCUAGAAUCGUUGACAGACUCCGAUUUGCAAACGUUGCUGCAAAACUUUAAGCACUUGUCCAGUGAGGAACAACAUCAUUUGAUAGCACAUCUAAAAAAGCUGGAGACAGCUGAUCCUUUGCGAGUUGAAAAAUUAAGGAAAUUCGUUAAUUUGACGGACCUGGCUAGAGCUGCUUCGUCAUCACCAGUAGCCAGCACAAGUAAGUCCAAUCCACGUGAGAGAUCGAAUACACGCGACAGUCGGUUUGAUGAUUCGCCUGCUGUAAACAAUAGCAGAGCUCCUGGCCACGAUUCGGAUGAUGAUAUUGAAGAUAGUCAUCGUGGUGUUAGCGUUUCGAAUCCAAAUAAAUUUAGCCUAGAUGAUGAAGAUGAAGAUGAUGAUUACAACGUAGACGAUGUAUUCAAGGCUGCAUUCCGCAAGGUGAGUGACAACUCACGCCAAUCGAAAUCGGAAUCCAAACUGUUAAAUGAGGGCCACUCAUCGCGGCCACAAAUUAAGCCACUACCAGAACCCAUUGUCCCUGUUUCAUCCUCACCAAAUGCAUUGACAUUCAAUCGCGCAGGUCUAUCACUAAGCGAUACGCAGAACUUAAUUGCCAAUCUGAUGGGUUCAUUGCAGCAAAGUAAUUCCAAUCAAAAACCAAAUGCCAAUUCUGCACAGUCAAAAGAUGGACAAAUUCAACAGAUACCUACCAGAUCUAAUGUACCGGUACAGCCCAAAAUUCAAAAGGGCCUGUCGCAAACACAACAACAGCAGCAACAUCAGGCAUUGCAACCGCCUAAUAUGCCGUACUAUCAGCAGGGUCAGCAACCUGCGGCGCAGGCCUAUCCUGGCGGUGGGUACAACAACCAAAUGGCUGGCAUGAACAACCAGACAUAUUACAAUGCAAUGGGCUACAAUAACAAUAAUGGAGUCGGGUACCCGGGCUAUCAGUCUUGGGGUAUGGGUGGUGAUACGCAGCAAUAUGGCAUGCAGAACUUCAUGGGCCAACAGCAGCAGCAGCAGCCGGGCCAACAGCAACAUAUGAACUAUAACAUGUAUGGCCAAGGCCAACAUUAAUUUUCUAAAGCACUCUAUAUGCACUAGGAACAUAAGCCGCUUGUUGGAUGGUAAAUUCCAUGACCAAAAACUCAACCACUUUUGGAAUCUAACUUAACAUAAAAUAAUUGAAACAUAAAUUGAACUUGCGAUAAAAUACUUAUUUCAUAAUAAAAUGUUUAUUUGUUGAAGCAAACAUGCUCAGUAGGAGUGUGCCCUCAAAGGCGUAUGCAAUAUGUACCUAUAGGACGAAAGAGUUCUGUUGUGACGUAUAAUUUUAUAACCAAAAGACAACAAGUUUUUACCAUACUAGGGCAAUUCGAAAAUAAUUAUUAUGUGAAAUAUGAAAAUGAUAGAUAUCAACUCCAACAAAAACAAAAAAAAGAAAAAAAUAUUCGCAUUGUUCUAAGAAACAUAUAUGUUCAUGGUAGGGUUAUAGUAUUUAUUUUAUGAAAAUUCUACGGAAUAAUUUUCUUCUUGCAGACUCGAAAUUUUUUGUAUUCAUUUUUUAUUUAAUCAUGUGCGUUUGGUUUUUGAAGUGUGUGUUCCAGUACUGUUUGUAGACAACACAACACCCAUUCUGGGUGAGCUUCAUUUAAUGUAAAAAUACUGGGCAGUUGCAGAAAUUUUGCACGGACUUAGAUCAUUCAAGUAAAGUUGAUGCAGAGUGAGCCUGUUUUAAUUAAUGUAAUGAUUUUAUCGAUCUUGCAGUAUUAAUAUAAUACAAUACUGCUCUUGCGGAGUAUCACUUAAACAAACACCGCAACUGCUUGUGCACUAGUAAAUGAGGAAAUUGACGUAUACUCGGUCUAAGCGCGUAUGCUACUUUUGAAUUCAAUAAAAUCGGGAAUUUAUUUAUGAAAAAGUAGUAAAACUCAGAGAAUAAAAUAAACACUUAAAAAGAAAAAGAUCCCCUAUAUUUAAUUUCAAAGGUUUGCAGUUUUGUGCGCUGUUGUAACAGCUUUAAACAUUCCCUAUUUAUUUUUGUAAAAUCCAGCAGGGGUGAGUGGACAUGGCCGUGGGUAAAUCUUGAUCAUUAUAACUAAUGAAAAAUUCAACUCGUAAAAAUAUGCACAACCAUCUGCCUUAGUUGCUUUCUUUCUUUGGAAUUAAGAGCCAAACUUCAAAGAAAAAAAAUUAACUUUUAAUUUGAGUAAAUAAAUGCAGUUUUUCAUGAUAAUGGGCAAACAA